GUUAUCCGCACUACUGGCCAACGGCGCAUGCCGCCGGUCACGAGUUGCUUGGCAUCCUGAACAACUGCACCGGCUGGGUCGACCCUUGCCGUUCUCUUCUCAACCAGCGUGAGUUGGUUACGUCAAAGCUCGCGGGCUUCCCCGAAGUAAAUAUGGGAUGGUGGCGGUCGAGAUUGUCUCUUGAGCACCGCAACGCGGUCGCCUGGAUUGAGCAGCGAGACGCGACCGGACAACCGGACAACGGAACGGACAACGAAGAAAAAACUCCGAGAUUUACAGACCCCCCCGAAGACAUCCGGCGGGCGGCAUUAUUCCUGCGUCGCAACCAGAAAGAACCGGGCGGCAAACUCGAUCUACUCACGCAACACGCGGGAAAUGUUGCCGAGGCGCAGCGGCUCUCUAACGAGCUGAAGCCGUCACGAUACGGUUUUUUUAUGGUCCGCCAAGCUGCUGAGUUCGCCCCGGUCGCCGCUGUUAUUGAGCGCAACACCGGACAACGUCCCCACCCAUCGACCUGCACCCGUUGGACGCGCCACGGCGUCGGCGGCAUCAAGCUCAAGGUCAAGAUGGUGGGCGGACGCCCGCUGACCUGUGACGAGUGGUUCGACUCGUUCUGCGACGCCCGCACCGCCGCCGCUGGUCUCUCUGACGACGCUGGUAUCUCUGCCGGCGAGUAG